AUGAAGAUCGUAAAAUUUAUGUUUGGAGCGUCAGUUCGCAGUGGAGCAGAAAAGAAGUCAUACGAGAACAACGAAUUAAUAGCAAUGUUAAGGGUGAAAACUAUGCCGAUACUACAAUGGUGCCAUUCGAAUGUUGCCAAACCAAGAGAAAAUCCGAUCGUUACAACUGUCUUUAGGGUAACUGCGCAGAAUCAGUAUCUUGGCGGACAAUGCAUGAACAAAAGAAAAACUGAAAAUACCGUGUCGUCUUGUAGUCUCGAACGUUCAAUCUGUCGAAACAAUGAUUCCAGAAACCAUGUCACAUGUGCAGAAGGGCGAAAAGCUGGAUGA